GGCUUCGGCACGCGUUGACAGCGUAUGUCUACCUGCGCAUUUUGUUGAGGCGGCAUCACGCCUCACUGCUUACUGUACAGACUAUCAGCGCAUGUCGACUUUCUGGAAAAGCUAUUUGGCAUUGCUACGGAGCACGUAGAGGUAGCGCGAGAGAGAACGACAGGAUACAGCGUAGUUGCAGGCCGAAGGAGAGAGGGAUAAUGUUAUCGUUGCAAAUCCACAGAAACGUAAUCCUAGACAUAAUUAUGUGCAAGAAGACGAGGAGGUGGUGUCCGAUUUCAUGACUGGCUGGCUGACUGAUGAACUGUCGUGUGGCCCGCUGACACUUUACAGGAGCGAGCCUCCAACGACAAUAGCGAAGAGCGUGGCCGCUCCAGCCGAGAGGAGGAGUGCACCAGUGUGUGCGGAGCGCGAGGCGCCCGACGCGUUACUGCCGCUGAGGGAGUUGGUGCCCGUCGUCAGGGAGGGCUGUGUCGAGGUAACGAAAGCGGUCGAUGUCGAGCGGUUCGAGGAGGAAGGUGUGGAUGCGGCGGCGGAAGAGGGGAGGGGAGAAGAGGAAGUUGGCGCAGCGGCGGCAGCAGGGGAGGAAGAUGAGGGUGUCAGAUUCUAUGUUCGAGGGUUAGGAGAAAGGUGAUGGAAAGCGCUUCGUCAGGCGAAUGUGCUUUUGCUCGCAGCCACUUGAGCCUGGCACC